AUGAAGUCUCCGACUCUGGGCGGAGGUGCGCCCGGCUGCUUGUCAGUUUGGCCCAUCAAGCCUCUCGGCCUCGUCGUGCUCUGUUUUCUUCUCGUUCUCCUGGUCUCCGAAGCCUUUUUCUUGUGGCGCCUCCAACAACUGGAGGCAGAUGCCGCGCGGCCGUCUUCUCUGGACUCGCCCGUCUCAGACACUUUCAAGUCUGCGCCGUCCCCUCGAAAUGCCGACGGUGCUUCCUCUUCGUCGCUCCUGGAUGCGAAGGACAGUCUUCGGCUGCUGCUCCCUUCCGACCUUUCCAAAGGAGAAGAGGGAACGGACGUCGCGUCUCAGCUCCCGCAACGAACUGACACCGGCGGAGCCGCCUCCGCGGAAAUUCAGAAACCCCAGGUCUCUUCUGCCUCGUCACUUUUCGUCUCUCCAACCAUCUCCAGCGACCCGCCGCGUCUCCGCUCACUGCAGAACUCCAGGGCGCCUGCGUCCUCAAGUGCGCCUGAAGAGCUCCUCUCCUCUACGGCCUCUCGCUCUCCGCCUCCUUCCUCUCUGACUGAGGAGGAAGACGCGGCGUACCCACAUCCAACAGCUGCUCUUUCCAGUCCUCCCCCUCCUUCCCCUGUUGCGCGCGCUCCUGAUUCCCCAUCUCCGGAAGAAGGAGUCUUUGCCGUCUCGGCCUCUAAGGACGUGCAGGCCUCUGCGCCUUCUUCACCUGCGGAGCCGCCCACGGCGCGCGUCCGAGAAGGGACAGAUGGCGAAGGCGAGGGGGGGAAGAGAACACCUGCGGGCGAGGAGAGCGCGCGUCUGGGGCCUGGGGAAGGCGCUGCAAAUGGUGCAGUGUCUGCGGAGGAGGAAGCGGUCGAAGACGGAGCGUCCUUCCGUCGACCGUUUGGCCAAGACGACGCAGCGCUCCUGCGUCUGCCCGACCUUCUUCUGGCUCAGAACGUCACGUCCUUCCGCAUGCAGUUUCUCUCCGAGGACGAGGGACGGCGAACCAGGUACCAGCGGCAAGCUGCGCAAGCCCCGCCGCCUCGGAGUGGAAAGAGACAGAGACGAGCAGAGCGCCGCGCCGGCGCGCCGUUCUUUCCUCCAGAAGGCGCAGCCCCCCACGAUGCUGGCAGCCCUCCACGUUGGCCGAGCGACGCGUACCCCGCGUCCCCGGCGGCCGUGCACGUCGCAGACCGCUCCCAUCCCUUUGCUAGUCUCUACGAACCCUUACUCAGACAGGAGCCUCCGUUUCUCCCGACUCUUUUCCCGAUGAGGGCUCCUGUCGGGUACGGCGCGUUCCCGAGUUUCAGCGCGGGGUCGUCGGAGCGCCGACUGCGAACGGAGCAGCCUGGAGACUCGGGGGAGGCGCUCGAGGUCCGCAGCAGGCCGCAUCAGGUGUCCAGACAGCGCAGCUUCGAGCCGGCUGGCAGCGCACCUCGAGGGGGAGCCCCAGGCGCAGCGCCUGGCGGGGCCGCCGAGCAAGAGAAGAGGCCGGAAAAGAAGCGCGAAACGCAGACGCGCGCGCAGAGGGGCGGCGAACGUGUCGAGAACUCGGGAGCAAAAGCGCAAGUCGAGCAGUCCGCUCCGCCGAUCAGGAUCACGCGGUCUGUCGUUGGUAACGCGCUCUUGAGACGCCAGGUCCGAGAAAGCGGAGAGAAUUUGGCGAACCUCGUGACCGCCCUCGCAAAGAGUGGGCCGCGGACCGGUGCGCCCCAGGGAGAAGCAGAGGAGUCCGAGAAACCGGCUUUAGAGCCUCAGACUCCCGAGCUACUCCUGGCGGACUUACCUCGGGUCCUCUUCAACAAGCCUUCGAAAGGUCUGGUUAAAGCCGCUCGGGCUCUGGGACGAUCUCUCUCGUCCAAAGAAAAGCAACAGCUCCAUGGAGUCAUUCCCUUCGACGUCCCCUUCGAGGUCCGAAGCCUGGCGACGCAGAAAACGAGAACUCUCGUCUUUGAUGGCGUUCUGGGCGCAGGUGGCCAGGGCGUCGUUCUCCUGGCCCGGGACGUGGACCACCCAGAGUUGGAGAUUGCCGUCAAAAUCUUCAGAAUCAAGAAGAGGAAUCGAGGCUCCUCUGCGCUCCAUGAAAUCGCCCGCCUGCAGAGACGGCUGCGCUGGGAAACGGCGGUCUUAAAACAUGCGCCGAAGGAUGUGUCGUCCUAUGUCUGGUCUCAGCUGGCUCACCUCGUCAUGCCGCUCGACAUCGUCGAGCCGGUAGACAGGUGGGAACAUGCAGAUCAAGACAUGCGGUAUUGGCACCAGUGGCUGAUCUUUGAAAGCUUCGCGGGUGAUAUCGCCCGUCUCAAGAAGCUGUACAGCGGCUCCGGGCACGUUCGCCUGGACGCGUCCAAGCAAAUGUUCAUGGCCUGCAUGAGGCUGCACGAUGUUGGCAUGGUGCACUCAGACAUCAAACUGGCAAACUACUUCAUUUCGAAGGAGGGUCGGAUUUUCUUGGGAGACUACUCGCUUUCCCGGCCUAUUGGGGACGUCAGCCCCUGCGUUGAAGGCACGCUGCGCUUCCUUCCUCCAGAAAACAUGAGAUGCAUCCGCGACGGAGAGCGGACCCUGAUUCUGUCCUCGAAGAAAGACACAUGGGCAGUCGGCGUCGCCUUGUACAAACUCUGGUGCCGCAACUUCUUUCCUUUCGAACUCGAUUCGCUGUCCUCUGAUCAAGCUGUCGAGCGCGUUGCGGAGCUGGCUCGGGAGGACCUAAAUUUCUAUCCCUGCGCUCCCGAUACGCCCGUCGCAGUCAUGGAUCUGAUCGCGCAAAUGUUGGAUCCAAACGUCGAGACGCGGCCGACGUUGAGAGAGCUGUAUGUCUCUCACCCUGUUUUCUCCCAGUUGAGAAAAGCGACUCUGCAAUACACUGUAUCUGAUCUCCGUGCCGAGCAGGGAGACCAGCAACUGAGUGUGUGA